GGCUCCCUCACUUGCAGAAAAGAACAGCGACAGUAGCGCCAAAUCCCAACAAAUUAACAGAUCACCCACCUGCCGAUCGACCACAAGAAAGAAAACACUGAAAAACUGAAGGAAACUACUAUAGAAUCCAAUAAUCACUCGCUGCUCAUUGGCUAUUUUACUUGCUUCAAAAAUAUCGUUCCAGUAUCUCAGUAUACAUGAGCCAAUUACCAGCUGUGUAAUCAAAGAUGUCAAUUUUUAUGACGUAGCCAGCCAUUUCUGUUUUUUUAUGAUUAUCAUCACCCAGUACGCCCUCUUUAUGAACUUGUGAAUUCCUCUGUUAGUUGCCUUUUUUGCAUCUGGACAGUCUGCACAUGCUGGGCUAUGUUUUUCACUUGCUGCACUGAUUUUUGAAAAUUGGACUCUUUCACUGCGCUUCAGUGGGUUGGUAGCUGUCUCAGGAGAUUGGAUUGUAACCAUGGCAGCGGUGCUAAACGAUGGCCAUCGACGGUUUCUACAGACGAUGAUGUCUCAGGGAAUCCUGGAAGGCUCUAUGACACGGAAGUUGCACAGGCAUUGCUGUGAAUUGCACAAAGUGCAUUACAGACAUGACCAGUUGGAUGACUUUAUCAAAACUAUCAACACUCAUUUGCAGCCUCUCUUCAUGGAGAUCAGGAAGGGGAAAAGUGAGGAUGAUGGACAGCAGUACUAUGCUUUGAUUAACCUCGCUGAGACGGAGAUCACUAGGAUGGCCUUCGAUUACACAGAAACUGAACUGGAAUUGUUCAAGAAAACAAUGGAUCUUGUUCUGGAGUCAGAGAGUGGCAUUGUCUCUUCUACAGAUAUUUUGAACUUAGCUGAUCAACUGCAACCCAAGAAAAUGAAGAAGAAAGAAGUGGAGCAGGUGCUGCAGAGAUUUGUGCAGGACAAGUGGCUUAGUGAGAAUGACGGUGAGUACAUUCUCAGCACUCGUUGCAUUAUGGAGCUAGAACAAUACAUUCGCAAGAUGUACCAGGACCUAGUGAAGGAAUGCAACAUCUGCCAUAACAUCUCUAUCCAGGGUCAAACGUGCGAAAUGUGUGGAGCUAAGAUCCAUCUCCCUUGUGCUGCAAAGUAUUUCCAAGGUCGGGAUGACCCUUGCUGUCCAAACUGCAGGCAGUAUUGGCCUCACGAGAUCCCAGAUGUCCACAGGACUGAGUCGUCGACACCCCCUCCCUCCUCUGCGCCCAAGGUGCGACACAAAUAUCAGGAAUGAAGCAUCAAUCAAAUGUUGUAGACACAGAAUGGAGGGAGGAGAGGGAACAAUUUGUUCUGAGCCGAGGGAUUCUCAUGCAUUAUAGUGCUUGCUUCCAGUGAGUUGGUCUCAAGGAGCUUACAUGUUGAUACUCAAACCGUUUAUGUUAACUGUAUUGCGAAUAUUAUAGUCCAGGCAUAGUGACUCCAAUCUUGGCAAUUUGCUCUAUGCCCCGAUGACCCGAGUCCUCAGCCAGGAGUUGGAUAUCCUAGCAUUCUGUAUUUGAACCUAUUUUGAAGAGGACAAGUGCUGGGAAAUAAUUUGAACUUUGUUCCCAUCAUCAGAAGACUCAAAACGUGAAGAAUGUUAAGCAGUUAAUUAAAAAAAAGUUUUAACUUUCCUUGUUAAUAUUCCUUUAAUCUCAUUGUUUUCUUCUGGCACGUGCGUGCGAGUCUGUGCGUCUGCGUGUCGGUGAUGAUGUCUUUUCCAAGGCCCGGAGUGAGAGGGAGAGAGGGGGAGCUGUGUGGUACACUACUCCUCACACAGACAUUUUCGCAGUAUUUUCCCUGUAUUUUACAAGGUCGGGUUGCGAUCUCGACACUGAGACCUGACGCAGAUUGAAGGAGCGCUUUGUUGAGCACCUAAGCUUUGCUUACUACAAAAGGCAGGAUCUCCCAGUGGCUACCCACUUUCCAUUCUCAUUCUGUCAUGUCUGUUCAUGGCCUCCUGUACUACCAUGAUGAGACCAAAUGCAUGUUGGAGAAGCAACAUCCCAUUACGUCUAGGUAGCCUCCAACCUGAUGGCAUGAACAUUGAUUUCUCUAACUUCGGAAAAUUUUUCCCUCUCUCCUUUUUUCAUUACCCAUUCUGGUUCACCUUACAUUCCUGCCCAUCAGCUCCCUCUGGUUACGCCCCACCCCAUUGCCUUUCUUCCAUGGUCCACUAUUCCCUCCUAUUAGAUUCCUCCUCCUUCAGUCCUUUACCUCUUCUACCUAUCCUGUCCCAGCUCCUUGCAUCACCUACCUUUCCCCUCACCUGGCCUCAUCUAUUCCCUCCCCACACCUUAUUCUGGCUUUCUGCCCCUUUGCAGUCCUGAUGAAGGGCAUUGGCCUGAAACAUUGACAGUUUAUUUCCCUCCGGUCAUGUUGCCUGUCCUGCCAUGUUCCUCCAGCAUUCUUGUGUGUUGGACAGAAGAGCACUGUGCUCACUGGUCUGUGUUAAAUUUUACUGCAGCUUUUACAGUAAAUUUUAACUCGUGUUUGUUAUGUUUCCCCUCUUGCUGUGAAACGGGGACACCUUUUUCCCUUAGGGAGAGAGAGCCUGUGGAAUGUCGAAUAACCGGUGAACGAGUAGUCUCUGGGGUACUGCAAGUCUGUGUCCUUUAUUGAUGCUUUGCUGCACGCUUGAGUGCUCAGUGGGAUGUGUUGAUGCUUUUUUGCUGGUGGGGGAGAGCUGGGAGGUGCUUUGGGGUUCAAACGUUUAAUUGUCAUUCAUUCUUUGGGGCACUCCUCUGUUUUCGUGGAUAUUUGCGUGGAAAAAGAAUUUCAGAAUUUUAUUUUAUACAUUUCUCUGACAUUAAAUGUACUUAUUGAAAUGCUCUCACUGUGAAAUUAGAUAAAUAACCUGUUCCUCACUCUAAGCUGUGCCAAUUGUGUCGUCACUCACAAACUCCUUUAUCCAGGAAAUUUGAACACAAGGCUGCCCUUGUUAAGAUCAGCUUGUUGAUUCAUGCUAAACAGAGUCUCUUUAUCCUUGGUAUAAAGCUCCUAUCUGCUUGAGCUUCCACCUCUGGUUUAAAGCUCUGUAGAAUGUUUGCACUAUUUACUGUCUAUAUGCUCAGAUUGUAAUUGAUUUUAUUCCUCCUCCCAGAUCAGUGUGUAGGCCACAGGACAUA